AUGAUUUACUCCUCAGGAAGAGAAUCCUUCUUCAACCUGAACUCCACCUGGUACGACCCCUCUGGCUCCUGGCUGGACACACGGCGCACGCCCUUCCGCUACGGCUACUCCACCUGCUGCUCCUCGGGCUCCUCCUCGGGCUGCCACGGCGAGGGCGUCGAGGGCAUGAGGGGCCAUGACUACCGGCACUACGGCUACCGGCAGCCCCGCUGCGCCGAGCGCUGCCACGGCUACUCAGGCUCGUGCCAUGGAGCGGGGGACAGCUGUGUCAGGAGACCCACGUACAGCUACGGGGCAUCAGGGGGGUGCCAGGGUUACGGGAGGUCCGUGUGCUCCGAAAGGUGCCAGGGUUACGGGAGGUCCGUGUGUGCUGAAAGGUGCCAGGGCUCCUCGGGUUCGUGCCAUGGAGGGGGGUCCAGCUGUGUCAGGAGACCCACGUACAGCUACGGGGGUUCAGGGGGGUGCCAGGGUUACGGGAGGUCUGUGUGCUCCGAGAGGUGCCACGGGACAGUGGCCCAAGGGGGGAAGCCGUGCUGUGGGACGCCCGUGCAGAGCAUCCCAGCCUGUCCCUGUCCCUGUCCCCCUCCAGUCCAGCAGGGCUGUGUCCCCAUGGCCAAGGGCAUCCCCCGCCAGCAGCAGAAGCAGGUCUGCAAAAUGCCAGCCCGGAAGAUCAAAUAA